CCCGGGCCGAGCGAGAGAUGUCGUCCCUUCUGUCCGUGCAGGAGGAGAACCGGCUCCUGCAGCAGGAACUGUCCCGCGUGGAGGACCUGCUGGCCCAGAGCCGAGCCGAGCGCGAUGAGCUGGCCAUCAAGUACAACGCGCUCAGCGAGAGGCUGGAGGAUGCGUUGCGACUGGAGACGGGAGAGCAGGAGAGCCUGGAGAACAGGAGCCUGGCCAAGCAGAACAUCGAGCUGCGCCGGCGGUUGGAGGAGGACCAGGCAUCCUACAAACGCAAACUGCAGGCCUACCAGGAGGGACAGCAGCGGCAGGCGCAGCUGGUGCAGAAGUUGCAAGCCAAGGUUUUACAGUACAAGAAGAAGUGUGGGGAACAAGAGCAGCAGCUGCUGGAGAAAUCCACAGAGUUGGAGCAUCAGCAGCUGACAUCGUUCAACGACUAUUUCAGCAGUGAGCACAGCCGGCUGCUCACCCUCUGGCGGCAAGUGGUCAGCCUCAGGAGGCACUUCAGUGAAACGAAGAGCAUGACGGAAAGGGACCUCUCGGAGCUGAAGAGCGAGCUGUGCCACACGAGCCGCGCCGUCAACGCCACCUGCCUGAACCUGAGCGGCCGCCUUGACCUGUCCGAGAGCACUGCAGGCGCGGCGGUGGAGAAGCAGGUGCUGCUGACAGCUCAGUUGGAGGACAAGGUCAGGGACGUGAUCCAGCUGCAGGUCCGGUGUGACACCGAGAAGGUGGAGCUGAGCACCAGGCUCAGCGAAGCUCUCUCAAGCCUGGAGCGCCUGAAAGGGCAGAACCUGGAGAAGAGCAGGACGAUUGAAGGCUUGACCAACAAGCUGGAGACUUUGGAAGCCUCCCGUGCGCAGGAACAGGCUGUGGAGGUGGAAGCUCUGAGGAGGGAAGCUGAGAAGCUGCAUCAGGCGCUGCGAGAGAUUGCCCAGGCAGUGAUCUUGGACGCUGAAGGCACCGGUCACCUCUCACCGUCCAACCCAAAGGCGGACGUUUCGGCCAGCAACGGCACCGACCUGCGGGGCUUGCCCUCCCCCCUGCGGAGCUCCUCGCCUCGACGCAGCCACUCUCCCGUCUUUGCCGUCUCCACCCUGGCUAUGGUGCAGUCCGCCCUACAGAAGCGCCAGCUGCAGCUGCAGGAACUGCGGGGAAAAUACGAGGCCGCUCAGGAUCUGGCGUCUUCUCUGAAGACGCAGCUGGCCGAGGAGAACCACGAGCGACAGUCUCUGCAGCAGACCGUCCUGCAGCUACGAAGUGAGGUGGAGAGUCUGACUCGGACCAGAGAAGAGGCAGACCGGGAUGCCAGCCACUUCCGGUCGGUGGUAGAAUUACUGGGCGGUGAGAAGGUGUCCUUGGAGAAGAGCCUCUGGGCUGCGGAGCAGGAACUGGAAGAGGUGCGUCAAGAGAAGGAGAAACUGCAGCUGACCAGCAGCGACCUCCAGCACCAGCGCGAUGCCCUGGAGGAGGAAAGAGAAGACCUCCUGAAGGAUCGGGAGCAUGCCUGGAAGGAAGUGGAACAGAGCCACAGACAGCUGGAACAUCUGGAGGCCACCAAGUCCAGCCUGAGGAACGAGCUGGUGCUGACGAAGGAAGCCCUCAGCCAUGCGACUCUGGAGAAGGAGGUGUUGGAAGAGGAGAAGGCCAAAGCAGCUGAAGCUCUGGCCAAGAACGAGGGGAGCCGGGCCGAGCUGGAAGUCGCUCUGAACCGGCUGAAGGCGGAGGAGGCCUCCAUGCGCGAUUCCCUUGCCAAAAUGAGUGCCCUCAAUGAAGGGCUGGCACAAGACAAAACGGAGCUGAACCAGAUUCUCAUCCAGCUGGAGGAGGAGAAGGCUUAUCUUCUGAGCAGGAAGCAGGAGGCGGAGCUGGAGAAGGCCUGCAUCCGGGAUGACCUGGCCCGCUUGGUGCAGGAGAAGCUGGAGCUCGACUCGGAGUGCCGAGGCCUGGGCCAUUCCCUGCAGGCAGUGGAGCAGAGCCAGGUGGCCCUGGAGCAGGAGCUGCUGGCCCUGCAGGGGGAGAAAGGCCAGCUCCAGGAACAGCUGGCACAGCUUUCCCGCCAAAGGAACGCAGCUGGCAAGGAGCUGGACCAGGCAUGCCAAGAGUUGCAGCGCCAGAAGGAGUCUGCGCUCCGGGUGGCCCAGGAGAAGGAGACACUAAUGAAGGAGAAGGCCGGGCUGAUGGUACAGGUGGCCGCCUUGGAGCGGGAGAACCACGGCCUUCUGGAGGAGCUCGCUGGCCUCAGGUCUGGGAAGGACUCCCUGGAGGCCUCGCUCUUUGAGACCCAGCAAAGGCUGGCCCACCUGGACACCCGGAGGGAGCAGCUGGAAACGGGCAGCCAGAGCUUGUUUCUGGCCAAAGAGGCCUUGCAAGCGGAGCUUACAAAUGUCCACAAACGGAUGGAGAUGGAGAUGAGCCGCCUGGAGAGGGACAAGGAGCUCGUGGCCCAGAACCGGGCCUUGGCGGAGCAGGAGGCCCAGGCCGCCCGGAAGAACAUGCAAGCUGCCCAGGCGGAGGCCGAGCGACUCCAGCGGGAGAAGGAGGCACUGCGGCAGGAGCAGGAGGCCGAGCGGGACCAGCUGAGGCACCAGCUGAGGCAGGAGCGGGAGGAUCUGUUGGCCCAACACGAGGCCGAGAAGGAGGAGCUGAGUGUGGAGGUGUCUGCUCUGCAGCGGGAGCGGGACGAGGGCCUCCUGCUGGCAGAGAGUGAGAAGCAGCAGGCACUCUCUGUGAAAGACUCGGAGAAGGCCGUCCUCCUGGAGAAGCUCCUAGCCACCCAACAGACCUUGGCCAACCUCACCCUGGAGCUGGAAAGGCAGAAGCGUGAGAGCCGCAGCCGGCAGGAGCAGGAGCGGAGCACCACCAGUGCUUUGAACGCAGAGUUGCGAAAUCUGCGUUCUCAGUUGGAAGAGGCCAUCGUAGGGCACAAACGAGAGGCUAAGGGCCUGCAGGACCAAGCCAGGGACCUGGCGAAGCAGCGGGAGUCUGCCCUCUGCGAGGUGGAGGAGCUAAAGACGCGGCUGCAGCUGCUGGAGGAUGCCCGGGAACUGAUUCGCCGAGAACUGGGGGAGGCCCAUCGCAAGGUGCGCGAGGCCCAGGAGGCCUGCGACCUCCAACGGAAGGAGGCGGCGGAACUACGGCGCAGCCUGAACGAUGAGGGCAAGGAGAAGGAGGCCUUCCAGAGGUCCAACACGGAGCUGCGGAUGGCCCUGAAGCGGGCUGAGAGCGAGCGUAUCAGUUUGAAGCGCGCAACUGAGGAGAAGGACCAGAAAAUUUCAGUCUUGGAGGAGGCCCAAGCAGCUGCCGGCAAGGAGGCCACAGAUAUACGCAGCAGCCUCCAGGAUGUGGAGCAGUCACGGCUGGAGGCCCGUAGGGAGUUGCAGGAGCUGCGGAGACAGGUCAAGAUGCUCGACAGUGAAAACAGCAAGAAAAACAAAGAGGUAGCCGAGCUCCAGACCCGAGGGGCCCUUGACGAACAGCGGGAGGAGGAGAGCCGGCGGGAAUCCUUCGGCCUCAAGCAGAAGAUUGUAGAGAGCGAGGCCAGCCGGGAGUCGGCCCGGAAAGAGCUCCACAACCUGCAGCGGAAGCUCAUGGACCUGGAGCAGGAGUCACGCCUAAGGGAGAAGGGGCUUCUGGGGAGCCUGGAGGAAGCCCGGGUCACUGAGAAGAAGCUGCUGGAUGAUGCCCGCAACCUGGAGAUCAAGCUGGAGAAGGCCCAGGCGGAGGGGGCCGAGCUGGGCCUGCGGCUGAGCGCAGCCGAGGGUCGUGCCCAGGGCCUGGAAGUGGAGCUGGGCCGCCUGGAGGGCCUGAAACGAGAGGCGGAGUACAAGCUGGGUAGACUUCACUCAGCCCUCCGGCGAACCCUGGGCGUCAGCCGCAGAGGCCGUGUCCCCGGAGCAAGGGUCAGCGGUGGCUCCCCAAAGAUACCCUUCUCUCCUCCCAAAGGUAUCUCUCUCUCUUGGACGUCUGUUUCAGGUCUCUAGUGCUGGGCAGGCAAUCGCCCCCCGUCUCCCAGCCAGGCUGGGCAACUGGUGGCAGACAUCGACCCGGAGAUCGUUCAGAAUGUGUUGCGAGACUUCCUGGAAGAGCUGAGGGAGGCCCAGCAAGAGCGGGAUGAUGCUCGUUCCCAGCUGGGUGGCCUGAAGUGUCAGUUGGCCGAGACGGAGGCCCAGCGUGACCUGGCCAGCAGCCGUGUGCAGCAGCUGCAGAAGCAGGUGGCGGCUUGUGAGGAAGAGAGGCGUAGUCUGGAUGGGAAGCUGACGGGGGCCCAGACGGCUUUGAUGCUUCAGGAGGAGACCCUGCGCUGGAGUGAACGAGAGCGCAAGGCCCAGGCGGAGAAGCUGGCUACGCUGGAGCACGACCUGCAGGCAGCUGCAAGCGAGCAGAGGGCUACGCAGGAGAAACUCAGCAAGAUGAAGGCCAACGAGGCCAAGCUGGAGGCGGACAAACGACGGCUGAGAGACUCCUUGGGUAGUUCGGAGAGCCGGAGCACCAAACUGGAGCUCCUGCGGCGGUCGCUGGAAGGGGAACUGCAGCGGGCCAAGGUGGUGCUGAGUGACCGCGAGGCUGAGCUCCAGCUUCUUCAGGAGCGCAUUGCCGUCAUGCAGAGGCAGGUGACUGAGAGCGAGAUGAGAGCCGGUGCACUGCAGCAGUCCUUGGACCAACUCAACCUCUCGCUGGCCAAGGCUGCCGAUUCUGAGACUUCCCUGAAGGAGAAGGUGCAGGGGCUGACAGCCACCUUGUCCGAGACCCAGAGAAACUCCGUCUCGGCGCAGGAGAAGCUGCUGCAGUUGCAGAAGGCCCUGGCAACCGGAGCGCACGAGCAGAGAGUCCUGCAGGAGCGACUGGAUGCAGCCCGGCAUGCCCUCUUGGAAGCAAAGAAGCAGAACGGGGCCCUUUCGGAGCGGCUCCAAGCCUUGAAGGGGCAGCAGGCUGAGCUGGAGCUGCAGAAGGAGGAGCUGGAGGGGCUGGGGAGACAGCAGGAAGAGCUGCUGCACCAACGCCAGGAGGGGGAGGCGGCGGCCCUGCGGAAGCUGCAGAAGGUGCAAGAGGACCGGCGCCUGCUCCAGGAGCGCCUGGGCAGUCUGCAGAAGGCCCUGGCCCAGCUCGAGAGCGAGAAACGGGAAGCCGAGCGCCUGUCCCUGCGCCUGGAGAAGGAGAAGGGCGCCCUGCGGAGAACCCUGGACAAGGUGGAGCGCGAGAAGCUGAAGACUCACGAGGACUCCGUGCGGCUUUCCGUGGAAAAAGGGCGCCUGGAUCGUUCCCUCACGGGCACAGAGCAAGAGCUGAUGGGAGCCCAGCAGCUGAUACGGCAGCUGGAGGCGCAGGUGGCCGAGCUGGAGCAGGCCCGGGGCAAGAAGCUUCUUGGCAAAGCAGCCUCCCCUCAGUGGCAGGAGGGUGAGCGCCUGAGCAGUUCCUGUCCUGGAGGCAAAGGGCUGGAAGAGCAGAUCUCGACUCUGAAGGAGCAGCUGCAGCAAGACACCCAGAAGGGGCAACCUUAUUUCCCAGCUUCCCCUCUCGUUUCUGGAAACUAGCUGUGGCAGCAGACAAGUGGAAGGAGCUGAGCCCCACGGCUCUAAAGAGUGCCACAGCAAGAGAGGCCACCGACCUCCUAUCCCUCAGGGCCUAGGUUCGCCCGCGGUGCAAGGUAGUGCGAACCGCUCCUCUCUUCUUCUUUUUGCUGUCCCAAGAAGGCCUCGGUUGUCUGAACAGUUUGGUUA